AUGGUGACCAUUUUGUCUACCAUAUUGGUUAUUCCCACCGUAUUCGAUCAAUAUGAAGAUGCGUUCCUGUUGCAGCCGUCUCGUGGUGUCAAGUGUGCACCUCAAUUUGAAAGUGUGAACAUGACUUUUUGUGUGUAUACCACCACAAAUGGGUCAGAAGUACCUUGCGAUACUUGGCGAGUUAAUCUUAUGUGGAUUUUUUGGAUUGAAAGAAAGUGGCAAAUAUUUUGCGACCAAGAAAUGAAGCUUUUAUCUACAACAGUGAUCUGUCGCCUAGGUUUGGUGUUUGGAUGUAUAUUUUUUGGGGUUCUAUCUGACAGUUUCGGAAGAAGAUUGGCGAUUAUAAUAAAUAUAGUGGCGGAAGUAAUUUUGAGGAUCGCUCUCGCAUUUUGCACCACCGAAAGUUGGUACCGUUUGCUGGUCUUCCUAAAAGCGUUAUUUGCAAGUUCCAAUCAUUACUUAGAAUUGAUAUUAGUAUGCGAAAUAGCGAGCAAUAGUUGGCGAACUUUACUCACAUCGAUUGUCUUACUUCCGCAAUUGCUGUCGAAAAUUUGCGCAAUACCCGCAGCUAACAUUGCUUUAAAUCAAGAGACGUAUAAUUUUAUAGCUUUUUUGGUUGGAUUGAUACCACUAUGUCUUGUUAGAUGGAUACCUGAAUCACCACAAUGGUUACUAUACAACAGAAGGAUACCACUAGCCGAGAAAAAUCUUGUCGUUGCCGCAAAUAAAAAUGACGUAAAAUUGUGCAGUGACUUCAAAAUACGACCUGUUGACCACAGAGUAGGUAUGGCUCGGGUUAAGUUUAUUUUUAAAUGUGAUAACGCUUACGUAAGCCUAGAUGAAGAAUGGACUUGUCUGUCUAUUCUCAGCACCCGUAACGUAAGAGUGAUCGUGUCAUCCACCAUUCUAAUUUGGACCUUAUUCCACUUUGUAUGGGCACCGACAUACAUAGAUAUGUACAGACAGCAAAACAAAUUCAUGCUAUUGCAAGUUCUAUCUAUGACCGUUUUUAUGGCAGUGCUUAACUUUGGUCUUGCAAAAAAGAUGAAAAUGAGAUGUCUUGUGAUUCUCAAUGUCGUAGUACUGGGAAUUGCAAGUGUUUUUGUUAUUAUUGCAAAGAGGAUGUGCCUUAAUAUCCUUCUUAUUGAAUUCACCGCUGCAUUGGGUGUGGCAUCAGGCCUGGUAAGCUACGCGUUACUUUUCAAUAUGACACCAAGACUCCUUGCCCUCAUAGCUAGAGCGACGCUCGUCGGAUGCUGCUAUUCUGCUGGAGAAAUAGGAACCAUAACAUGUUACCUCUUAAUACUGUAUCUACAAGACUUGACAGUACUUAUUUUGCUUGUCAUCGCAGUGCUGCUUGUGACAACACUGUGCGUUGUAUUACCGGAUGUCGAUGCAAGAGAGUUGCCAGAUACAAUUAGAGAUAUGGACUAUUUUUCAGAGCUGUCAAAACCGUUGAGAUGGGCCACACAGAAAACGAACUCUCCAUCAUACGAGGAAGUGGAAAUGCGAGUGCAUUCGUUUAGCAGUGAUGCUAAUAACUCAAUUAUAGAACAUGCACCACGACCUAUGGGAUUUUUCAGACUAUGGUAUAGCUUAGUAAAGUUAUUUAAUCGAUGA